AUACGCCAGUCGCCGCAAAUCCGUUAAUUGUGACCUAUCCGCGAGCUCGUUUCUAAAAACUGCGCUCCACAAAAAAAAAAAAAUCUAUAAAAAAAAGUAAAGACAACUUUUUUUAUUGCUUGCGCAUUUUUAAUGGAUUAUUAAACGUAUUUUAAAGCACAACUGUGAUAUAAAUAAACUAAGCUCGCGUCUGCUCAAUUAAAUUCUGCGAAAAUGCAUCCGACACUUUUGCUGAUCUCGGCUCUAUUUAUUGGGGUCUCGUGGGCGGCCACAGUCCAGCCUCCGCCACUGAUUCGAACACUGAGCCCAGCGGGCGGUGGAAUUGGACCCGAGUUCCAACUGGAUCCGGUGCCGACGCAGGAUAAGGGCAGUGUUGUUGAAGAUGCACAAUUCUGGCGACGAGUCGGCCUCAACCAGCUGGAGAAGAUCAUCAAGCAAGCGAAGCGGGCCAAGGAGACCUCAUAUCAGCACAAGGCCAAGAACAUUAUCAUCUUCAUAGGCGAUGGAAUGGGUAUGUCCACAAUUUCAGCUGGACGCAUCUACAAGGGACAGUAUCUAAAGCAUGGGCAUGGCGAGGAGGAGAUGCUAUCCUUUGAUGAGUUUCCCUAUACGGGCUUAGCCAAGACCUACAAUGUGGACAAACAGGUGCCGGAUUCGGCGGGCACGGCGACAGCGAUAUUUACGGGCGUUAAGACAAAUUAUAAAGUGAUUGGCAUGGAUACCACACGAUCGAUGACGAAUGCGACACAGGGUCGCCUCGACUCCAUCAUGGACUGGGCACAGCGGGUGGGCAAACGGACGGGCGUGGUGACAAACACAAGGAUUACGCAUGCCACACCGGCAUCUAGCUAUGCCAAUAUCUAUAAUCGUGACUGGGAAUGCGAUACGGAGGUGCCGGCGGAAUCCAAAGGCAUUUAUGCUGACAUUGCCAGGCAGCUGGUGGAGACGGCGCCGGGCAACAAACUGAAUGUGGUGCUCGGUGGUGGCCUCAAGCCAAUGGGCUCCUUCAAUGCGAGCGAGGUGCAAACGGUUAAAUUUGAGGGUUCCACUGAGACGGUCUGCAAUCGUGGGGAUGCCAGGAACUUGACCCGCGAGUGGCUGCAGCACCAUGCAAAUGAUAGCAGCGAUGCCAAGCUGGUGCACACGCGUCAGGCUCUGCUCGAGGUUGAUGUAAAGAAAGUGGAUCAUCUGAUGGGUCUGUUUCGCAACAAUCACAUCACAUACUCGAUUGCCCGCCAGCAGGGUGAACCAUCGCUGCAGGAUAUGACCAAAGCGGCCAUUGGGGUGUUGGAACGUGGCAAAGAUUCGGCUGGAUAUGUGCUCCUCGUCGAGGGUGGACGCAUCGAUAUGGCACAUCAUCAGAACUAUGCGCGGGCGGCACUCCAUGAAGUCUACGAAUUGGAUCUCGCUGUGCAGGCGGCGCUUAACAUGACCGACUCGGAGGAAACGCUGAUUCUGGUCACAGCGGAUCAUUCGCAUUCCGUUACCUUUAAUGGAUAUCCUCAGCGUGGCAAUGAUAUUUUGGGCGCUGCCAAUCUGCACGAGCCCAAGGAUCCCAUGGUUUAUGAGACGAUCACUUAUGCGAAUGGACCCGGUUACUUUGACCAUCUCGCCAAUGACUCGAAGCCAGUAAAUAGCUCCAAUUUUUGGAUGCCCCUCCAGCGAUAUAGCAAAGAGCAACUGGAUUCGCCCACCUAUCGCCACAUGGCCAGCGUUGCCCUCAGUGAUGAGACACAUGGCGGCGAGGAUGUGGUUGUCUUCGCCAGCGGACCAGGUGCCAGUUUGGUGCGAGGCGUCUUCGAGCAGAACUAUUUGGCCUAUGUGAUGAGCUAUGCUGGCUGCAUGGGUCCAGCCAAGAAUUUUGAUGAUACCUGCCAGCGCUACCUGGCGCCAGGAGGCAGCGACAACAAGGCAGCGAGCAGUGCAACUGCAUACAGACUUGGUCUGGUUCCGCUGCUCGCCUUUUGGCUGCUGGCUCUUUAUGCAGUUCUUUAAACCUCCAUACGUAUGGAUGUGUGUGUAUUGUGUAUCUAUUUGUAUAUUUUACGGUCUUGUAGUUAACGUGAUUAACAUUUUAGCACAAGCCAAUAAAGUUAAUUAGUUAAAUAAAA